UGACAUUGCUAUAGUUCGGACGUCCAGUGCCAGUGCAAGACAGUGCUUAGUCAACACUAUAACAGACAGACGUACCGAUAAUGUUACUGACCGUUUUAUAUAUAUUGUUAUUUUUAGUUACAAGUGAUGUUACAUCAAUGCAAAGUUCGAAAGCCCUGGAGGGGUAUCCAGCUGGAUUACUCGGUGAUUGUCCUGGUUCAAGUAAGCAAGCGAUUAUAACAAAGAAAGCAUUGAAGUAUUUGUCAUUCUACGUCCAAGGUCCCGGGAAUAUAUUCAACGCACGCCAUGUCAAGUACACUUAUUUCCAAAUGCACCAGCUCGCUCGUGACAAAGAUAUCGACUUUAAGAAGAAGACUCUACUAUACGUUGGAGGUUUUCUCGACAGCCCUAACUUUCCGAUUGCAUCUUCUCUUGCUGCUGUGUAUCAUGAAUUGAACUACAACGUGCUGCUAUUGGACACCAAUACGUUCACUACUAUGGAAUAUCCAAUGGCUGUUCGGUUUAUGCGCCCGGUGGGCAAACACGUGGCGAAGAUGUUAGCUGUUCUUGUAGAAGAAGGACUCGACCCUAAAAAACUAGAGGUCGUCGGUCUAAGUCUUGGAGCGCAAACGAUGAGCUACGUAGCUAAAGCAUUUCAAGAGAUAACCGGCAAGAAUAUAUCUAGACUGACCGGUCUUGAUCCAUCCGGACCUUGUUUCCGAAAUCUAGGUCCAGAAGAGCGAUUAGAUAUGUCUGAUGCAGAUUUCGUUGAUGUUGUUAAGACCAAUAUUGAUGGAUUCGGACUUGCAGCGCCAACAGGACAUGUUAAUUUCUACGUGAACGGUGGAGAAUAUCAACCAGGUGAUGUUUUAUGGAUGCCUUGUAACGUAAUGUGCAGUCAUGUGAGGUCUUUCACGCUUUGGAUAGCAGCUUUGAAGUAUCCUGAUAGAUUUAUAGCUAUACAAUGUGAUUCAGUACAGCAAGCGAGAAAUAGAGAGUGCUACGACAGGAGACCUUUAGUUACUAAUAUAUUAGGAUUAAAUGUGGACAAGACAAAAGAAGGAAUAUUCUAUCUUGCGACGGAUAACAACUAUCCUUAUUAUUUAGGUGAGAAAGGACUUAAAAGUGAAAAUGAUUUCGUUUUAAAAACGGUGAAAAUGAUUAAUCAAGAAGCUGUGAUAAAAAUGUGAUAUCUGAUUAUAUUUUUUUUAGGUGUAGAAUUUUUACGAACCUGAAUAAGUGAGAGCCCAUUGGACGGCGAUAUUUCUCUCGCUUAUUAAGGUUUCUCUCUAAUCUUAGUUUCUCACACAUUGAGGUCAUUCUUU